AGCCAGCGCACACAUAAGUUAUGGAGCCAUGGAUCUGGAUAUCCUGAAUCACCAUUCGUCUUCCACCGUUCUCUGGAUCGCCAUCUAUGGCACAUGGAUCCUACUGCUCCUGAACUGGGGUUGCCAGGCGGUUCCGGGCGGAAGUAGUGGGGAACGGGUCCACAUACGUCUUCAUAUGCCGGAGGUGGUACGUCAGCAUACGCAUUUCCACAAUGUCUACAAGAUACCUCGGAAAAUCCACCCACUUCGCCCACCGCCCACAACGAUCGACGUGCAUCCAAAAUUCCCGGGAAAACCUCAUGUUCAACUUUUGGGCUAUACAACAUCAGUGGGUAAUUCUGGGCCAAUGGUGCCCAAUUUAAUGCAGCUAAUGGGCACAGCAGCCACGCCCACUCUGAUGCCAACGCCCACCAAUUUGAUGCCCAACUAUGGACCUGCAUUGUUCGAUAAUUACAAUCAGGAAUCGGCUUUGAGUGCAACCACUACCACAACGACAAUGAGACCACCAAUGUUAAAGAUGGCCAAACAGCAACAAUUGCUACAACAAAUUUUCACACCUCAAAACGAAGAUGAAGAUACUUCCGCCGAGGAUAAUCAAGUGGAGAGUAACUCUUUACUCAAUAAUAAUUUCCUUGAGGCUCUGCAGGAAUAUCUUUCGAAAUUCGGUGGACGACGCAAACGAAAGAAGUCUAGUUCGAAGCUUAAAAAUCCAAACAAGGAAUUCAAUUACUUCAAGAGUAAACCGUAUUAUUAUCAAGAUGAGGACCUGUCGGAAAACUUUGAAGAUUAUCAGGAUGAGCAACCCCAACAUGAGGACUAUGAGGAAGUGAUGGUGAUGAGUUCGCAACAAUAUGGUGAAUAUUAUCCAUCAGGAUCGGAGGAAAUGGAUCAGGAUCAUGCCCAGGGUUAUGAUAGUGCUGUGGCAUUUAGCGGACAGGAUAAUAGCAUAUCACCAUCCCUACCAAUGGAAGAUUUUCUAAAUGAUGCUAAUAACCCAGUAUCUGGUUAUGGUGGAGGUGGGAACUUUGAUCCCUACAGCAACUCCAAUGAUAUGAUUUCCCAGCCUUGGCAGCCUUCCUUAACAAGCCCCACUAUGAGCAAUAGUUGGUCGAAACCCACUGCAAAUUCCAAUACCAACUCCUCAAAGGGACAUAAAUCUAGACCCGUUAGAUCUAGGGGUCGAACUAAAGUUCGGUAUGUCAAGUUGAUCACGCGAAAGAAACGCAAAAAUAACAUUCGUACGAAAAGAUAUCGACCAUAAUCUAAAGUCGCAUCUUCAAUAUGGUUUUUCAGUUACUCUUAUGUAGUUUAUGUAAAUUAAUCUGUUAAUUAUUUAUAAUGAAAUCCAAAUAUCCGUCAGUAAAAGUACUCCUUUUAAGGUAAGUAAGGUAAGUAAAGAUUUUGUUCAUUACUUUACGAUCAAGUUUAAUUUAAGACUUAGUUGGUUAAAAUCUAAAAAAAUAUUUAUGUCUUACCCCUUAUAAAUAUUUUAAAUAACGUCGAAAGUUCUUUAAGCCUUACCUGAAAUGAAAAGAAUGAAAAGGCAUUUAAUAAA